UCUUCCACCUCUCUGUCACAAGUCUCUUACCCCUGGACUUCUGCCUACCUUUUGCAGGAGGCUCCAGCACACUUACUAAUCAGUAGGCAUUUCCAGGAGGUAUCCCAGAAAAAAGUUAACAGGAGGAGUCUAAAAGUCAGUACCCUGCUAAACUUGGUCUGAUUGUGAAAAAAAAUUCUUUCCUUCCAACUCAAGUUACAAUACACUACAGCCCUGCUGCUUCUCCUGCUGCUGCCACUGCCUGCAAGGAACCUGACACACUUACCAUUAAAGGGGAUUUUGCUUUCUACUGAAGGUAGAAGGCAAAGAAAACAUCUGGAGACUGUGAAGGAAGCAUCUUUAAAGAAUAGUGCCAAGAUUUUUGCCUUCUCCAACAGAGACAAGAAUAACCAACACAACUUUCUUAUCUACCAGGUGUAUGGGACAUACAUAAUUGAAACACUGCACUGAACUCUUAAAGGUAAACUAUGACCACUUUACUCUUAGUGUUUGUGUGUUUGCGAGUCAUCGCUGCAGCAAUUUCUGUAGAGAUUCCAGACCAUGGUAACGCACUGAGUGUGAGUAUACCAACAGAGUCACCCUUGAGUGUCCAGCUUGGACAACCCCUAACCAUUCCCUGCUAUUACAUCAAUGCCUUGGAACAUUUGACUGUGGCCCCCUCAACGGCACCUUUAACACCAAGGAUCAAGUGGAGCAGACAUAACAAGGGACGGGAGACUGUUCUGCUGGUGGCCACCGAUGGCCAUGUUCGUAUAAAUGAUGCGUACAAAGAUCGGAUUUCUAUGCCAAACUACCCAAUGAUCCCUACUGAUAUUUCCCUGGAAAUUGCAAACCUGCUAUCUGCAGAUACAGGAAUCUACCGCUGUGAAGUGAUGCAUGGAAUUGAGGACAGUCAGGACACAAUAGAGGUUAAUGUGAAAGGGAUUGUUUUCCACUACAGAGCAAUUUCUACCAGAUACACUUUGAACUUUGAGAACGCCAAAAAAGCCUGUAUUCAGAACAGUGCAACCAUAGCUACUCCGGAGCAGCUUCACGCAGCAUAUGAUGAUGGUUAUCACCAAUGUGAUGCUGGUUGGCUCUCAGAUCAGACUGUUCGUUAUCCCAUCCAUGAUCCACGCGAAGCCUGCUAUGGUGACAAAGACAUAUUUCCAGGAGUGAGAACGUAUGGUGUUAGAGAGACAGAUGAAACAUAUGAUGUCUACUGCUUUGCCGAGGAAAUGCAAGGUGAAGUGUUUUAUGCAACAUCUCCUGAAAAGUUCACCUUCCAAGAAGCAGAACAGCAAUGCCAAAGACUUGGUGCCAGGCUGGCCACCACUGGGGAGUUAUAUUUGGCAUGGCAGACUGGCAUGGAUGUCUGCAGUGCAGGUUGGCUUGGAGAUCGCAGCGUUAGAUACCCUAUAUCCAUAGCACGUCCAAAUUGUGGUGGAAACCUAGUCGGAGUAAGAACGGUUUAUCUUCACCCCAACCAGACUGGAUAUCCUGAUCCACUGUCUCGUUACGAUGCAAUCUGCUAUAAUGAUGAUGCUGACAACAUCACCAUUCAAACAGUAACCCAGCCAGGGCUGGAGAUCAUCCUACAGCGCAAUGCAAGCGAAGUGGAAGCCCGUGGAAGUAUUGCUACACUGGAACAGGUGGACUUUACUCUAACACCUUCUGAAGAGGGGUUCACAGCUACUCCAGAGCUGGUUUCAACAGAGGGCUUCCUUGAAAAUGUUACAGAAGAAGGCAUCCAGUUGUGGCUGGAAAAUGUUACUGCUCUCCCUACUCUAGAAGCCACUGCAACAGCAGAAGAUGUGACCGCCUUACCAGAGAUAACUGCAACGGCUGGGGAAGUUGAAAUAAUUCCUGCAACUGCUGUUGUUGAAGUUGGAAAACCCGUUUCUGAGUCUGGUGUUGUGUUUCAUUAUCGUGCUGGAUCCAGUCGAUACUCCCUCAAUUUCACUCAGGCCAAACAGGCCUGUCUGGACAACAAUGCUGUUAUCGCCAGCCCUGCUCAACUACAAGCUGCCUAUGAAGCUGGAUUCGAUCAAUGUGACGCUGGAUGGAUAUCAGACCAAAGUGUCAGAUACCCAAUCGUCAACCCUCGAGAAAACUGCAAUGGUGACAAGAAUGGAUUUCCUGGGGUCCGUAACUAUGGAGUGGUGAAUCCUGAAGAAGUUUAUGAUGUGUAUUGUUAUAUUGAUUCUCUAAGAGGUGAAGUGUUUUUUGCAACUAAACCAGAUCAGUUCACUUUCCAAGAAGCAAAGGAUUUUUGCGAGAGCAAGAAUGCCACCUUAGCCUCAACUGGACAACUAUAUGGCGCCUGGAAAAAUGGACUGCACAAGUGCAGGGCAGGCUGGCUAGCUGAUGGAAGCAUCCGUUACCCCAUUGUGACACCACGUCGGGCUUGUGGGGGAGACCAGCCUGGAGUGAGAACAGUUUAUGUUCAUCCAAAUCAAACAGGGUUCCCUGAUCCCUUAUCAAAACAUCAUGCUUUUUGCUUUAAAGCUCACCCAGUCUUAGAUGUUCCAGCUACUACAUCGAUUGAAGAAGAACUUUUUGUGACUCAGGUGGUUCCUGGCUUGGAGUGGCAACCUUCUGGAGAAGGGACAACUGCGGAACCAGAGAUUUCCACUGAAUUUGAGAAUCAGACAGACUUGUGGUUGGCAAAUGUUACUGCUGUCCCAACUGUUGAGAUAUUAACAGUGAGCCCUUCAGCCAUUCCUCCUGUGAGUACAGUUACUGAACAAAUAAGUGGAGAAUCAUCUGCAGUAGCCAGUGGGGUUAGUGGUGAACCUUCUGGAGACAUUUCAGGAGAGCCUAGUGGAGAAGUCUCAGGAAUCGAGGAAAGUGGAUUGCCAUCAGGACUUGAAAUAUCAGGGUUUCCUGAAGUUAGUGGAGAAGAAAGUGGUGUGUCUGGAGUAAGUGGUCUUCCUUCUGGAGAUGUUUCUGGUGAGCUGCCAUCAGGUGAAAUCAGUGGACUACCAUCCGGAUUGCCUUCUGGGGAUGAAGAAAUUUCUGGAACAGUUAGUGGGCUGUCUUCUACGUCAAUAGAUAUUAGUGGAUGGUCUUCUGGAGACAUUAGUGGAGAACCAUCUGGCCUUGAAUUACCUAGUGGUUUGCCAUCUGGGUUUGUGAGUGGUCUUCCAUCUGGUAUUGAAGAUAUUAGUGGACUUCCUUCUGGUUUCCCAACUAUUACUCAUGUGGAUACAACAUGGAUAGAAGGUGCAACAAAGGCACCUGAAACAGAAGCAGAAGGAAAAGGAGAAACAGAAUUUAGUGCUUCCGGUGAAAUAUCUGGGCUGCCAUCAGGUGACUUAAGUGGUAUACCUUCAGGAUUUGAACUAAGUGGUGAGUCUUCUGGAUUAGAAGUCAGUGGAUUGUCUUCUGGAAUUGAUGUGAGUGGAGAGGUUUCUGGGUUUGUUGACAUCAGUGGAGAACCCUCUGGAUUUGAUGUUAGUGGAAUUACUUCUGGAUUAAUAGAAAUAAGUGGGGAUAUAUCUGGAGUGCCUGAUAUUAGCGGGGACAUUUCUGGCGUAGCUGAUAUUAGUGGGGACAUUUCUGGCGUAGCUGAUAUUAGUGGGGACAUUUCUGGCGUAGCUGAUAUUAGCGGGGACAUUUCUGGAGUAGCUGAUAUUAGCGGGGACAUUUCUGGCGUAGCUGAUAUUAGCGGGGACAUUUCUGGCGUAGCUGAUAUUAGCGGGGACAUUUCUGGCGUAGCUGAUAUUAGCGGGGACAUUUCUGGCAUAAUCGAUAUUAGUGGGGACAUUUCUGGCAUAAUCGAUAUUAGUGGGGACAUUUCUGGCAUAAUCGAUAUUAGUGGGGAACAAUCUGGUAUAACUGGCAUUAGUGGUGAUGAAAUUUCUGGAGUCCUUGACAUUAGCGGAGAUUUGUCAGGUUUAAGUGGAGAAACAUCUGGGAUAUUAGACAUUAGUGGUGACUUAUCUGGCUUGAGUGGUGACUCAUCAAGUGUGACAGAUUUAAGUGGGGGAUAUUCUGGAAUAGUAGACUUUAGUGGUGAAUCCUCUGGAAUUCUUGACAUAAGUGGACAGCCUUCUGGCAUAUUUGACAUUAGUGGUCUUGCCUCUGGUAUUUUUGAGGAAAGUGGUGAAGCUUCUGGUGUCACUUUUAUAGAUGAAAGCUUAAAACAAGUUAUUCAACCAACAGAGAAGGAAGAGGAAGGGAAAGGGUCGGUGGAAGUAAGUGGCUUUUUCUCUGGAGAUGAAGGUCUCUCUGGUGAUGUAUCAGGUGUGUCUGGGGCUAGUGGCGAGCCUUCAGGCUUUAUAGAUAUAAGUGGUUUUAUUUCCGGAGGGGUCCCUAGUGGUGAAGUAGAUAUUAGUGGAAUUUCAAGUGGAGAUACAUCUGGAAUUGCAUUUGUGAGUGGUUUGCCUUCUGGGAUUGAAGAUGUAAGUGGUUUUUCUGGAAUCCCUCCCAUAUCUCAUGUUGAUAUCACGUUAAUUGAGCUUCCAACAAAAGAUCCUGUCACCCAGGAGGCAGGCGAGGGCCCAUCAGGAAUAUUUGAGGUUAGUGGAUUUUCUUCAGGAGAAGCAUCAGCCGAAGCAUCUGGAGCUAAUGUGAUAAGUGGAUCCGGAAAGCAAGAAGUUAGUGGAGAGUUUUCUAGCACUGAUGCUUCUGGUUUUUCUGGUGUCACGUUUAUCACUGAUGAUAUAUUUGAGGUUGUGACAAAACCAACAGUUUCACAAGAGCUAGGUGGAGUAACCUUACCAUAUGUAAUAGAAACAUCGGCUUCAGGUGAUAUUAGUGGUGAAAUUUCCCCUGACACCAGUGGAGAAUCUUCUGGAACUCCACUAGCUAGUGGGGUCACUGAACUAUCUCUUGAAGGAAGCACAGAAAGCAGCGCAGACAUCUCUGGACAUUCUCCAGCUUCUACUCCAGAUUUCUCAGGUGAAACAUCUGUGCCUGAUAUUAUUAUCAGCACUUCUGAACCAGAAUCUGAAAUACUACUUCCAUCAAAGUCACCUGAAUAUGCUCGUGAAGAAACUGAGCUAUCUACAGCGAUGUCAUCAGCAGCACCAAGUCUGACCGAUGUGACUGAAGUUGAAGGAAUUAUUGGAACAUGUGCUGAUCUGACAUGCGGGGCUGGAACAUGUGUAGAAAAGGAAGGGAGAGUUUCUUGUAAGUGCCCGCCAGGAUACGGAGGCGACCACUGUGAUAUAGACAUUGAUGAGUGCUACUCAAGCCCCUGUGUGAAUGGAGCUACCUGCGUUGAUGGCAUCGACUCAUUCAAAUGCUUAUGCCUUCCCAGCUACGGAGGGGACCUGUGUCAGAUCGAUCUGGAGGUGUGUGAGGAAGACUGGACUAAAUUCCAAGGUCAUUGCUACAAACACUUUUCUGACAGAGAAACUUGGGUGGAUGCAGAGAAUCAGUGUCGAAACCAUCAAGCUCAUCUAUCUAGCAUCCUUUCACCUGAAGAACAAGAGUUUGUGAAUGGCAAUGCACAAGACUAUCAGUGGAUUGGGCUGAAUGACAAAAUUAUUGAAAAUGACUUCCGUUGGUCUGAUGGAAACCCUUUGCAAUAUGAAAACUGGAGGCCAAACCAGCCUGAUAAUUUCUUUGCAACUGGUGAGGAUUGUGUAGUGAUGAUCUGGCAUGAAAAGGGAGAAUGGAAUGAUGUGCCAUGUAAUUACCAUCUGCCAUUUACAUGCAAAAAAGGAACAGUGGCUUGUGGCGAUCCUCCAGUGGUACCAAAUGCAGCAACAUUGGGACGAAAGAAAGAGCGGUAUGAAAUUAACUCAUUAAUCCGGUACCAGUGUAACCAGGGCUAUCUACAACGCCACGUACCUAUAAUCCGGUGCCUACCAAGUGGGCACUGGGAUGAGCCACGGAUACAGUGCAUAGAUCCUUCCACUUUCAGACACAAGAGAAGCCUCAGAAGUCGACGGAGAGCUAUUGCCAAAGCCGCACAGAAAAAUGCCCAUUAAAAAAAGCAAACACACAAAAAACAUAUUGUAAAGAACAUUUAUAUUAACAAUGUCAAUUUGUUUUUGUUUUGUCAUAUAAGGAGUUUAUAUUCAACAAAACCCAAGCUGUAUAUAAAAAAAGCACCAAAGCAAAUUAGGUUUCAGCAUUUUUUUACUAAUGGUCAAAGAAGUGCCUUUUGUAGUGCUCAUGCUGUGCCUUUCUUCUGAGGGUUUAAAGGAGAGCGGAAAGAUGUUUUGAAGAAGUAGAAAGGCAAUGUGAAGCCAUAAAGACUAAUGUCCCAUUGUUUUAAUUAAUUAUAACAUGACUAUAAUGUGAUAUUUUUAUUAUUUAAACUCCAGGCUGGCCGAAUGAAUUAAAAAAAAAAUUAUAUAUAUAUAUAAAAAUAUAUUAAAGGUUACAAACUUACAUUGCACGUCAAAAACCUUGAAUGAAUAAUUGUGAUCUGUUGCUGAAUGUAUUUUAAAUGUGAGAGGACAAAGGGGUGGGGUAGGUGGGUAUUUUAGACGAGAAGGCUCUGUCCACGACUUCUUAGAAAUCAGCGAUGAGAAAGCUAAAAGCCGGCUCUCAGACCCCUGUGUACUAAAACUCACAUCAGGGUCAGCCAGCCAACAAGAGUUUCGUAAUCCCUGAGCUGAUUUAGAAGGAGUCAUUAACCAUUUGUUCACUGCAUGUGCUACAGUGCAAUAUUAAUUGGGAAGGCUAUUCACAUGCAUAUAUAGAGAGAGAAAGCCUUCUAUAAAUUACAAGUAUUGCUCAGAUAAAUCACAACUGGGAUAUAAAUAAGGGAAGCACAAUUUAAAUAAUCUUCUGCAGGGGCAUCUCUAUUCCAGAUCAUAUUCUAAUGCAAACCUACCCAUAGUUUGCCAAAAUGGCCCCUGCACUUGCACAAUAGUUUAAAAAGCCUGGACAUGUAAGCACCCAAAAUGCAUUGUCCUUAAUGGGUUUAAGGACAACCCGUUGUCCUUAAGGGGUUAAUAGUACCUAUGCCAGUGGAAUUCAGUCACCACCAUCCUAUUCCAGCACUUAAGGGGGUUAAAGAUACUUUGGGACCUUUGCACACAAAUGGUAUUCAAAUACUGCACUUAUAAUAAUGCACUUAGUUGACAAAAAAUGCAGGUUUUUACAUCAACAUCUUUAACGUUUUUGUUAAAAAAAAAUACAUACAUCUUGAGAAACCUGCAUAAAAAAAGCCAAAUAGAAUCAUUGUGUUUUACACCGUCUGGCUGAAUAGAUGAUUGUCUAUAAAUCAGGGCGUCUUAUUUAGAGAGCACUAAGCAGUCUUUGAUAAUGCAAAGGUAAAGGACUACAUGUCCUAGCAUGCUUGGCCUAGACAGGAAGUCCACAACACCUGCGGUGUCAAAGAUUUGAUGUUCCUGCUCGUGGACGUUCAACGUAUAUCGAUAUUUUCCUCAGAAUCAAGACUAACUUAUGGGUCUUGACAACCAUUUGCUUAAGUUUUAAAAUAGACUUGUCACUCAAAAAUAUAUAUAAAUAUAAAUAUAUAUAUCUUCUGGCAUCAUAUAUAUAUAUAUACACACAAAAUGUAUAUCUUCGGUUAGAAAGAGGAGGAGAUUUGCUCAAAUGCCCAAUUGACAUUUAAUGUAAGCGGAAAUACUCGGGGGGGGCACAAAUUUUUGUAGGUGACGGGUCUAAUUUCAGAAGAAAAAAAUAUAGUAGUACCCUAAUUUAUAUAAACAUUACUUGUGGCAGAUAUUUUACCAAGAGCCACAUAAGGACUCAUGCCAGUCACAGGCCUAGUCAUGGGAACCAGUGUCUUUGUACAAACACUUUGCCUCCCCGGUGAUAAAAUGUGCUGUCCGGCUAACAAUGGUGAAACAGCAUGGCAUUAUGUGGACAGGUUUGCCAAAAGCGUGAGAAAAGAAUAUUCCACCAUUACUCUACUUCCCCUGCAUUUACAGCGACACCUAAUAUUUAAUUUGUAACAUCUUCCCAUAGUACGACAUUUGCUUCCAUGGCCCAUCUGCUCUCCGGGGACCAUGCAGUGCAUGAUGUUUCCGUGCACCUAUUUAUAUUACAGUAAUAAUAAUGUUAUUAAAAAAAACAAUUGGAGCACUAAUUUUGUUUUAUUUUCUAUUUAAAUGAAGUUGCAAUAAUCUCCUAGACGUCUAAAGGAGUCUCUGUGUGUAAUGUCAUGUACAACGUUUUUUUUUUUUGUAAAAAAGCAAAACAAAGAUUUUAUAAAAUUUGUGCACAGAAAAGACAAAGAGAAUGAUGUUUCUAACAAUGAAAAAAACAACACUUUGUGAAACAUGUAUAAUAAAAUGCAAACCUGUUUUAUUUCCUGCUG